AUGCCUUACUGGACAAUUUAUCAUCCGGACGACGUCCUUCAGAAUGACGUUGACAAACAGCGCCUCUCCAGCGCAAUAACGCAAAUUUACACUGCUGUUCCACUUCCAGAGUUCUACGUUGGAAUUUUCUUUUUGCCCAUGCCGCGAGGAAAUAUCUACCGAGGAUGCCAGCCCCAGUCGUCUGAAAGCGAGCCGACAUUCAUUCAUAUUAGAUUUACUCAUAUUGCACGGCAAUUCCCACCAGGCGAAAGUGAGGCGAAGGACAGGUUUCUAGACAAAGUUACUGCUAUAUUAAAACCCUUCACUAUCGACAAGGGCUGGCAGCUCGAACUCACCGGUGAGGAAGGCGACCUUAGUUUACUGCGCAUGCAAGGAAUGAAGCUCCCUUCUCCAGGGUCUAGCGAAGAGAAGAUGUGGGUGUCUAAGAAUAAGCCCAUUCCAUAUGGUCCCUACCUUGACAAAGAUUCUUGA